GUGGACGACACGGGGAACUCUCAGUUCGUGGUCCUGGGGAGGGACGCGGCCGCCGACCUGCAGAAGGUCCGGAACUGCUCCAUCUGUUACGACCCCUGCAGGCGUCUAGAGAUGUGUCCCUCGAUCCAGGACCCCCUCACCCCCCAAGAGGUCAACGUGGACCUGGUCCUGGUCCUGGACGGGUCCAGGGAGAUGCAGGCCGAUGAGUACGCCGGCGCCCAGCAGCUGCUGGACUCUGUGGUUCAACAUCUGGCCGUGAGCCCGAACCCCCGCAGGGCCGACAGCCAGGCCCGGGUGGCCCUGGUCCAGAGCGGCACCCAGACCACCAAGGUGGAGUUUGACCUGGGGACGUACCAGAGCAGCACCCUGAUGCGGAGACACCUGAUGGGGAACGUGACCCAGCGGGGGGGCUCCUCGCGGCUGGGGAAGACGCUGGACUUCACCCUGAAGGAGGUGCUGAUGAAGGCCAGCCAGCCCCGGAGGAGGAGGGCGCUGCUGGCCGUGGUGGGCACCAAGACCGCCUCCGAGGACCGGGUCCGGCUGGACUGGGUGUCCUCUAGAGCGUCCUGUGACGGGGUGGCGGUGUUCGUGGUGACGGUGGGCGAGCGCUACGACCGGGGCCAGGUGGAGCAGCUGGCCGGUCGGCCCGUAAACCAGCACCUGGUCCACCUGGACCGGCUGAAGGCCGGAGAGCAGAGCUACGCCCAGCGCUUCUUCAGAGUCUUCCUCUCCGCCCUCAGCAAGGGAAUCAACGCGUAUCCUCCUCCUUCGUUUAAAAAAGAGUGCGACAGCCUGGUGGAACCAGACGAUACGCCGGUCUGGGACUAUGGCGGUCCACCGGGCUUCGACGACGGGCAGGGGUCGGCGAUGCUGGGCGACGAGUUUGUUGACGAGGUGGAGGAGACGUCACCGCUGGACGACAUCGCCACGGUGACCCCAGGGUACAGAGGAGAGAACCUCAACGAUGUCCUGACCACCCUGGAGCCGACCAGCUUCGUCUCUGAACGCGUCUGUCUCCUGCCCCCGGCCGCCGGCGGCUGCCAGAACUACACCAUCAGCUGGUUCUUCGACACCGAGCUGGGCCGCUGCGCCCGCUUCUGGUUCGGCGGCUGCGGCGGCAACGCCAACCGCUUCGCCACGCUGGCGGAGUGCCAGCGCCGCUGCGUCACCAACCGCCCGCCGCUAGUCGGAGCGAGAGGAGGAAGAAGAGGAGGAGGAGGAGGAAGAGGAGGAGGAGGAGGAGGAGAGGUAGAGGGGGGGUCGCUGGGAGACGGCGCCUGGGCGUCCUGAGGAAACCGGCGGCUGCUUUGCACUGAACAUGAAACGGGAUCAAACACGUCUUAAAGCCUCAACUCGCAGCCGAGUUUCCUUAAAAAAAAGAACGUCUUGUUAUUUUCUCUCGGGGGUUUUCUGAGUGUCGGCCAUCUUUGUUUAUAUUGUCACCUCUCUCUGGUCCCGGCGGACGCUCAACGAGGACGCGAGCGGCCUCCUUCAGGAUGUGUGGUGUUCACUUUCCAUGCAACCAGGUGCUAUUUCUGAAGGCAGGUGAACUGCAGCGGGACAAAAAAACAACAACAACUCAAAUAAAAUGAAAAGGGACACAACGGGGAAAUAACGUUGCACGUCACACUCGUGUUGAUUUGUCACAUUUUUGUCACAGAAA